UUUAUCACGGCUUUGACGUCGUAGAAGUAAAGUCAAACGUUGGGCAACAGCGCCCUCUUGUGGCCGUGGAGGGGAGGGCGGCGACUGUCAAACCUCGGCUCAUGGUGGGGGUCACGGAACAAGGAAGCGAAGCUCACCUCCGCCGAAUUGCUGAUGUUUCCAUGGGCGACGUUCCGCUCGAGCCGUGCUUGAUGUCUCUCGUUACGAUCGACGGAGCGCGCUGGCAGUGACCGGCUCCGCAGCCCUCCUCUCCUCAUCACCCCGAGGUCCGCCCUGACUCCCGAGGUGGAAGACGAGGCGCUGCUGCUGCCGCCCCCGGUCUCGGGGAGGCCGCGGCCCGGCCCGGACAUGCGGAAGGCGAGCGUCCUGGCGGGCGGCGCGGGCCUGUGCGGGGCCCUGGCCUCCGCCUCGGCCAAGUUGGCGGUCGGGGCCGAGCUUCUCCACGCCGCCUGCCUGCGCCUGGGCGCUGGGUUGGGCCUGGCGGACAGCGCGCUGACCUGCUCCUCGGUGGCCCUGCUGGUGAGGGCCGUCACGUUUGGCAUCACUCUGCUUCUCAACGCUGCAAUGUGGACCCUGUUCGUGAAGGCCCUGCAGUUCUCCUCCUCGAGUGUACAGGCCACGCUCACCAGCACGGCCUCCAACUUCCUCUGCUCCGCCGUACUGGGGAGCGUGUUGUUUGGAGAGCCUCUGGCCGGGCUGUGGUGGCUCGGAAUGUCACUCACGAUGGCCGGUCUCGCGCUGCUGCACUCGGCCAAGCCGGAGGGGACGAAGCGGGCGGCGCCCGUGGCCACGCAGAGAACGAUGCCGGGGCCCAUGGCGAGGACCUCGCCGGGGCCACCGCCGGGGAUGGCACCAGGGGUCGGACUUGGAGCGAAUCCCGGGGUGGUGGCGCGAGAUGGGGACAAGAACCACAAACGUCAAUAAUAGCUCUUUUCCACUGUACAACCGUGUCGCUCUGAAGCUAUGUUGAGCAUGGCUCAGGAGGCACCAGGUUGUUUUUAAACUCCAAAAGCCAAGCCGUGCCGCUGAAGUCACACUCCAUGACAGGGGGCGCGUGUAGACGAUACGGUAGUGACAUGUUAUCAAUAUCCUGACUGACAUCGGACGCGUUGGGAGAGUCAACAGACCCGUCUCUGGCUCUGCUUGGUUCCUAGGCAUCCGCUGUCGAGUGUGCACGUGGUUCAACUGCUUUCGGGCCCAGGCACUUGGACUACGAAGAGGAAGGAAAUUGCACAGGGUGCUGUCACAUUUGAUUCCUUGCACCAAGGCCCAUGCCAACCACACUACACCACUGCAUCAUCACCUCUGUAAUGUGCAAUUCAAAAUACGUGUGCAGAUGUUCAGUGCAAAGAUCUAUUGCUAUGUUUUACAUAAAAAAUGCAGUUUUAAAUUACUGUAUAGAAAUUAUUGUAAAACGAUUGCAGCAAAGGGGAAUUAAAUAUUUUACAAAUAUUAAAUCUUGAAAACAGUCAAAUAGAGACUUAAUGGAAACAACUUUCUGGUGCAUCCAGAUGUACACACCCCUCUACCAAGGUCAAGAGGUCAUUGUCCCCGUAGCCACUGAUGCCUCCGCACUCAUUCUCUCGGCUGUUGCACAUUUUAAACCUAACCUCCAAUGGAUUUCUCCUUGAGUAUCACAUCAUCUGAAUUUUGGUCUUCCCCUUGGUCGCCAACCUCUGAGUGUCACUCCAAUGCCCGUUUGCGUAACCUCCCGUCUGUAAUACGUGUGCCCCAUACAUUUCUACUUCCCCUUGGUAAUCAUGUAUUGUGAGAUUCUGAAAUUAAAAUAUACUUACUGUGACCUGCCAUGUAAUUCCUAGCAUCAGCAUGCACCUGUAUUUAAAGACCCGAGGCCUUUCUAUUUUUUUCCAGUGGGGUUCCCAUCGUUGGUCCUCUUUAUAUGGGGAACCCAGAAGCACUUUUAAAGAUUGAAAACUCAAUGAAAAGACGUUACGGUAGAAGUCUGUAGUCUGUAAAUAGACGCAUUCGUACCAGCCAAGGGCGGCGUCAGCACGUGGGAGGUGGCCAGUGGAUGUCUCGUGUUGCUCACCACUUGAGGAAUGUGGGCUUCAUGAUAUGUUAUGACAACCAUUUGUAUUGUCAUGAUGCAUGACGAGUGAUGUAUGAUGUGUAAUUGUUGAUUUAUGACUUGAAAUUUUUGAACGAUUGAUUAUAAUGAUGCUUGUUUUGAUGUUUCAUUUACGAUGAGUGAUUACUGAUGAUGCUGGAUGAUUGAUGAAGGAAUAAAAAUGAGGAACUGAUGAUUA